GAGUUUCUAAUCUAAACACCCUUUCCUCUCCUCCUAUUCUUCCAACUGCUGUGUUAAGCAGGCUAUGGCCACAAGUUUAGAGUAUCCUGCUGCCAAAGCCAGGAGGACUUCAGAGUGGUGGAGGAGGGGGCUGAUCUCAUUCAUCCGAUUUCUGCUACCCUCCUGCCCCCACUGAAGUAGUACACUUUGUACGUCCACGAACUCUUGGCAACUGGUAGUUUCCGUAGAAGACCGUGCUUUCUCCUCUUUCAUCCUUCAGCAUCCCUCUUUAGUGUUUUUGUCCUUGACACAUCUGUUCUCCCCGUCCCCUCCACCCCCACCUCCCCAAUCCUGUCAAAUCAAGGGUUGGUCAGAGUUCUCUUGGGGAAUAAAGGAAGAAGCAUCAGUUGUUGCUGGGAUGAUAGCUUGGCAGAGAAGAGGACAGAUGGACUUUCUCACAUCGGUACCAAUGGCGGCACCUGACUUGCUGGAUCCUAAAUCUGCCACUCAGAACUCCAAACCGAGGCUCUCCUUUUCUACGAAGCCCACAGUACUUUCUUCCCGGGUGGAGAGUGACACAACUAUUAAUGUUAUGAAAUGGAAGACAGUCUCCACGAUUUUCCUGGUGGUUGUCGUGUAUCUGAUCAUUGGAGCCACUGUGUUCAAAGCUCUGGAGCAACCUCAUGAGAUUUCACGGAGGACCACCAUUGUGAUUCAGAAGCAGACAUUCAUAUCUCAACACUCUUGUGUCAAUGCAACUGAGCUGGACGAACUCAUCCAGCAAAUAGUGGAAGCAAUAAAUGCAGGGAUUAUACCUUUAGGAAACACCUCCAAUCAAAUCAGUCACUGGGACUUGGGAAGUUCCUUCUUCUUUGCUGGCACUGUUAUUACGACCAUAGGCUUUGGAAACAUCUCGCCACGUACAGAAGGUGGAAAGAUAUUCUGUAUCAUCUAUGCCUUAUUGGGAAUUCCCCUCUUUGGUUUUCUAUUGGCUGGAGUUGGAGAUCAACUAGGGACCAUAUUUGGAAAAGGAAUUGCCAAAGUAGAAGAUACAUUUAUUAAGUGGAAUGUGAGUCAGACUAAAAUUCGAAUCAUCUCCACAAUCAUCUUCAUCUUGUUUGGGUGUGUUCUCUUUGUUGCCCUACCUGCAGUCAUAUUCAAGCACAUAGAAGGUUGGAGUGCCCUCGACGCCAUUUAUUUUGUGGUCAUCACUUUAACAACCAUUGGUUUCGGUGAUUAUGUUGCAGGAGGAUCAGAUAUUGAGUACUUAGAUAUUUACAAGCCAGUGGUGUGGUUUUGGAUCCUGGUAGGGCUUGCUUACUUUGCUGCUGUCCUGAGCAUGAUUGGGGACUGGCUUCGUGUUAUAUCAAAAAAGACAAAGGAAGAGGUGGGAGAGUUCCGAGCCCAUGCUGCAGAAUGGACAGCCAACGUCACAGCUGAAUUCAAGGAGACCCGAAGGCGCCUGAGUGUAGAGAUUUAUGACAAGUUUCAGCGGGCUACCUCCAUUAAAAGGAAGCUCUCGGCAGAAUUGGCAGUGAACCAUAAUCAGGAGCUGACCCCAUGCAAAAGAACCCUGUCAGUUAACCACUUGACCAGUGAGAAGGACAUCCUGCCUCCACUAAUGAAGACUGACAGUAUUUAUCUGAAUGGUUUAACGCCUCAUUGCCCAGGUGAAGAAAUUGCUGUCAUUGAGAACAUUAAGUAAUCCAUGGUUGGGAUACUGGUUCUUUGGAAAGCCUUGUCUUAACCAUGGCUGAGGACUUUGGUAUGCUCUUUAUAACUGAUGCUGUUAGCAUUUUUAAAGUGUGCAUGAGCUCAAAAGAAAAAACAAAACAAAACACAAAUGCCCAUCAUAGUCAUCUACCAUCAACAGAAAUUGGGAUUCUGAGCCAGCACUUUACUUUUGGAGAUGCUUGUUGAAUAGCACUACUAUCUUUGAUAGGUAGUGGAACAAGCGAUGUCUGAUGCCUUUCUGUGCCCAGACUGUUUUUUUUUUCUUUUCCUUAUUUUUUUUUCCUAAUGUGCCAUAAGGCCUAAGAAUGAAUUCUAAUUGUUUAUUCUAAUUAUGUAGCUUUGAGGGAUAAGUCCUUAACUUUUCAGGGUCUACCUAACUGAGCCUAGACAUGGACCAUUUAUGGAUGACAACAUUUUUUUUGUAAAUGGCAAGAAAUUCUUAUGCAGCCUUUUACCUAAGAAAUUUCUGUCAGUGCCUUAUCUUAUGAAGAAACAGAACCUCUCUAGCUGUUGUAUGAUUUUUCUGCCCCAUGACCCCAUCCCCUGACCUGCUGCCCUGCUCCUCAUGCCCCCAGUGCUCCAUGCAUGGAUACUCUACAUUGCUGGAAACAAUGUGUGAAAGUAAUUGAAAUGAGGAUACCUGAUGAAGGAAUGGACAGUGAACAAAUUAGAUGGAGGUUGGAACAAUGCUCAGAAACCCUAGUUUUAAAGGCACUACAUUUAAAAGAGAUGCACAAAUGUCCCCUACAAUUAGUUCUCUUCUUCAGGCCCCACUGUAAAACAAUCCUGUGUAAUUAUAGUCUGGCUUAUGGAAUUGUCAAGUUCCAUGGCAAGUUUCAUUUUUGUGGUAGUUUUCAGAAAUGAUCCCAUUUAUCAUCAAGUGUACCUAAAAAGAGGAGAGAAUCCACAUGUAAUAAAUUAUCUGACAGAUGAAAGCACUCAAUACUUUAUUUUAUUUAAGAUGAUCUUAAUUCAUUGGUUUUGCUUAACCAAAAUGGCAAAAAAAAUAAUCAAAAAUGUGUUUUUGGAGCAUUUGUUAAUAAAGUUUACCACUAGCAUUUUUUCUUUGAUGUUUGAAAGGGUUAUAAUCCCAAGGCCCUACCCCUGCCCCUGGACACAAGACAAUGACGUGGCUGCCCCAGGGGUGCACAAUCGUUCUACCCUCCAGUGGUUGCUUCCUCGGGGCUAUGACUGAAAGGAGAGCAGAAGAUGAAACUGGUAUCACUGUGACUUUGCACAUUGAAAAUGUAGACUGUAGGCAUAAUUCAUCCCUGCCAUAAGAGAGAGAAAGCUGUUAUAGCACAAUUUAAAUACUGAUAGCUCUUUUUAGAUAGGAAAGGCUGGUAUUCAGAACUAAAACGUUUUUUAGUUACUUUUGUAUCCUCUAGAUUUGUGGAUAUUUCUAAGAUACAGAAGAAAUGCUACAAAGGUACCCAGUAGAUUACUAAUUUUUUCCUUUAUUUUCAUAUUUAAGCCUACUGUAGAUAAAAAUAAGUUGAAACAACACGAUUGCCUAAAAUAAAAUUGGAAAAAAAUGUAUUGGAUUGUGUCCAAUGAGGCUGUCUUUAAAAAAUAUUGAUGUUACAAAUGCCUGUUUUUCAAAAAUAAAGAUUUAAGCUAGAAGUGUAAAUAUUCAGUUAACUUGCUGAGGGUACUGUUUUAAAUUUAGGAAAUCUAACACAAAUUUUUUAGGAGGCCAGGCGCUUUUAGAAAGAAAGCUACACCCAUUUCCUCAGUAACUGUGUUCUGAAAGUUCAUAUGGUGAGAUACACCUCUUGCCAUGUAUAAACUGUGAAUUGUAUGGAAAAAAAAUAAAGUUUUUAAUUAAAGUCA